CCGAGAAGCCUGGUGUAGAGUUCUUGAGAGGUCUUAGGGUCCGGGUGCGGGAGCGGGUUACCGCUGUUGGGGUCGGGGCCCACUGUCGGUGCCGGCCGUGGAGUCUCGCCGUUUGUCUUUCCGCCGAGGACGGAGCGAAGAUGCCCUAUCUGGGCUCGGCUGACGUGGUGAAAGAACUGGGGAAGGCGCUGUGCAACCCGCACGUGCAGGCCGACCGGCUGCGCUACCGGAACGCCAUCCAGCGCGUGAUUAGACACAUGACUCAGGGCUUGGACAUGUCUGGUGUUUUCUUGGAGAUGGUGAAGGCCAGCGCGACUGUAGACAUUGUUCAGAAGAAGCUGGUUUAUCUGUACAUGUGCACCUAUGCCCCUCUGAAGCCAGAUCUGGCUCUCCUGGCCAUCAACACCCUGUGCAAAGACUGCUCGGAUGCAAAUCCCAUGGUGCGUGGCCUGGCCCUGAGGACCAUGUGUAACCUCCGGAUGCCUGGAGUGCAGGAAUAUAUCCAGCAGCCUAUUCUCAAUGGUCUGCGGGAUAAGGCGUCCUAUGUCAGGAGGGUGGCAGUCCUUGGUUGUGCCAAGAUGCAUAAUCUACACGGAGACUCUGAAGUAGAUGGUGCCCUGGUAAAUGAGUUAUACAGUUUGCUGCGUGACCAGGAUCCUAUUGUAGUUGUGAACUGCCUGAGGUCUCUAGAAGAAAUCCUAAAACAGGAGGGCGGUGUUGUCAUUAACAAGCCCAUUGCCCACCAUCUCCUAAAUAGAAUGUCAAAGCUAGAUCAGUGGGGCCAGGCUGAGGUAUUGACCUUCCUGCUUCGCUACCAGCCUCGCAGCGAGGAGGAGCUCUUUGACAUCCUCAAUCUGUUGGACACCUUCCUCAAAAGCAGCAGUCCAGGGGUGGUGAUGGGAGCCACCAAACUCUUUCUGAUCUUGGCAAAAAAGUUCCCCCAUGUACAAAGUGAUGUACUUGUGCGAGUCAAGGGACCUUUGCUAGCUGCCUGUUCUUCAGAGAGCCGGGAGCUCUGUUUCGCUGCCCUCUGUCAUGUGCGCCAGAUCUUACAUAGUUUGCCAUGUCACUUUAGCAGCCACUACAAGAAAUUUUUUUGCUCCUACUCGGAACCCCAUUAUAUCAAGCUACAGAAGGUGGAGGUGCUGUGUGAGCUGGUGAAUGACGAGAAUGUGCAGCAGGUGCUAGAAGAACUUCGAGGGUACUGCACUGAUGUGUCGGCUGACUUUGCACAAGCUGCCAUCUUUGCAAUAGGUGGCAUUGCCAGGACUUACACAGAUCAGUGUGUACAGAUUCUAACAGAGUUGCUGGGCCUUCGCCAAGAGCAUAUUACCACAGCGGUGGUGCAGACUUUCCGAGACCUGGUUUGGUUGUGUCCUCAGUGUACUGAAGCUGUGUGUCAGGCCCUGCCCGGCUGUGAGGAGAAUAUUCAGGACAGUGAGGGCAAGCAGGCACUUAUUUGGUUACUUGGUGUCCAUGGGGAAAGAAUUCCCAAUGCUCCAUACAUAUUAGAGGACUUCAUAGAAAACAUAAAGUCAGAGACAUUUCCUGCUGUGAAGAUGGAGCUUCUCACUGCACUGCUGCGCCUUCUUCUCUCCCGCCCUGCCGAGUGCCAGGACAUGCUGGGACGCCUGCUGCAUUACUGCAUAGAGGAAGAAAAGGAUAUGGCUGUUCGAGACCGAGGGCUAUUCUAUUACCGCCUCCUCUUAGUUGGCAUUGAUGAAGUUAAGCGGAUCCUGUGUAGCCCGAAAUCUGACCCAACUCUUGGACUUUUGGAGGAUCAGGCAGAAAGACCUGUGAAUAGCUGGGCUUCAGACUUCAACACAUUAGUACCAGUGUAUGGCAAAGCCUACUGGGCAACUAUCCCUAAGUGUCAGAGGGCAGAGCAUCAUGGCCCAGAGCUUCCUCCCAAGGCAUCCUCCGCCACAUCAGGACACCUGAUGCCUGAGGAGAACAAGGAGACACUGCAAGAACUUCCUGAUUCGGAAGGUCUCGUGCUGGUUCCCAAUCACCAGCUUACUGCUGAGCAUUUUGAGAAGACUUGGAUUAGCUAUGAAGUAACUCAUCAGCAGGUGUUGCCUUGGCAGGGGGCAAUCCACCCUGACACUCUGCAGAUGGCUCUGCAGGUAGUGAACAUUCAGACCAUUGCAAUGAGCAGGGUUGGGGCUCAGCCGUGGAAAGCCUACCUCAGUGCUCAGGAUGACGGUGGCUGUUUGUUCCUAACAGAACUGCUUUUGGAGCCUGAGAACUCAGAAAUCCAGAUCUCUGUGAAGCAGAGCCAGGAGAAGAUGAGCUCAUUGAGCAGUUUUAUUUCUGUAUUAGAAACUGUGAUUGGAACAGUUGGGGACAUUAAAUCAUAACAGAUUCUUGCUCCUUGCCCUGAGCAGAUGGACAGCUAUCAGAAUUUCAUAGUUUUUUUUCCUCAUUAGAUCGGCUUUUAAGUCCAGAUAUUACCAGAUGCAAAGGGAAUGGGAAAUGUAGGAAAAUGGACCCUUUUGUCUAAAUACCCACUUAUUUCCUUCUGCCUAAUGGUGAUAAUAAACCUCAUUUACAAUAACAAUAUUGUAAAGAUGUUGUUGGUUAGGGGUUGGGGAUGGGGUAAAGAUAGGAUUGAAAUCUUUUUCUAAACAGUUUUGAAGGCUGUGUUACUUAGUAAAUAUGCUUGACACCUGUGGAAUCUGAUGGGUCAUCAUUUUCAGUGGGUCAUCUUUUCUUCAGUAAACAGACUGUUCUCGUAUUCCUAAUCAUGUUUUUUUAGGCUAGGGUCCAAAGUCCUUAGAGUGGUAUCUGAAGUAUUUCUUCAGUCUCAUGUCUCAUCAUUCUCAAAGCAUCCUCUCUUGUGAUAGAAGCAAACUAGUUCUCUGAGUAUUUGUUCUUUAACCAAUAUUAACACCUUCUAUUUCCCCUCCAGAACUUCUGGUCACCUUUAUAUCUUUCUUAAUUAACACAGAGUAUCUUUCAGUGUUCAGUGCAGUUUAGCUCUUUCUGGAAAAUUUCUUUCUGUGCCUUCAUUAGGGUCUUGUUCAAACUGUCAAAGCUGCCAGUGCAUACCUCUAAUGGUGCUAUUGCAAUUAUUUUCUUGUCCUUUUAUUUUUUUAUACCUGACCACUUCUUACAGAUUAAUCAAAACCUCUAAUAACAGAACAUCCCUCUGUCUCUGCCUCUCUAUUGCUGGGAUUAGAGACACAUGCCACAUGCCUGGCUUUUUCUUCGCCUUCAUAUAUGCCAUCCCUUCUUGUGCAGGCAAUCUUAUUCCUCCCU